AUGGUCGUGUUCCGCAGGACUGCUACUACCUCUAGAGAAGAAUUGUCAACUUCCGCAUUUACCUCGGUCUCUGCCGGUCCAGUUCAUGAGAGUAUGGUCCAGACUGCAGACGAUAUGGCUCCUGGAGUUGACGAUGUAGGAAGACCAAGGCUUUUGCGGGCGGCGCUGUGGGGAAGAGCGGACCUUGUGGCUGAUCUACUCCAUCGCGGAGCUGAUAUAACCCAGUCGAGCCCAUCUGGAAUCACAGCAGUUCACGUAGCCGCAAUGACUGGUGAUGCUGCUGUUAUACGAGUGAUUGUUGAGCACGUUGGUCCCACGAGUAAAGACACCAAGUACUUAGACAUUUUGCGGAAAACCCGAGGUGUGGCUUCGGGAUUAGCCAUCGUCGUUGGUGAACCUCUCACAGAUCUCUCGGCUCUCUUGGAGUUGAAGGACCACUUUGGUCGAGCUGUAGCGGGCAAGGGUGUCCGUGACUUCCAUCGAGCCAUUCGACGAGCCCGUGAAUACGGCCAGAAUGUUUGGGGAUUCGUCAAUGGCGACUCCGAGGCCAUCAUGGAGGCAGUGCUCCCGCGGUGCUACAAAGACCGGGUGAAGUUCAGGAUGCGAAGGAUGCCUAUCCCGAUUAACCCCGACUGUAUGCAGGGUGGGUUCACAGCCCUGCAUAGAGCUGCAUGUGAUGGUAGCGUCAGAAAGACUAAGUUCGUUCUCGCUUCUGGUGGAGAUGUGAAUAAAUUAUGCGAAUUACGUGGCUGGACUCCGCUUCAAUGGGCUGUUUAUUCGGGCAGUUUACAUAUCGUUGCCUGCCUGCUGGCGCACGGAGCAGAUGGGAACAUACAGUGCCUUUAUAAUGGCCAUACUCCGAUGCAUCUCGCUGUGCUCUAUAACCGACCACGUAUUCUUAAAGCUCUUUUGCUUCACGAAUGUGAUGUAACCAAGCAGUCCCGUUCUGCAUAUCGGGUGGGCCACGAAGGAGAAGGUGGAAACGUUGCCGUGCUGAGAGCUGGCAGCACCCCGAUGCACUAUGCUUUGGGAUUGGGACGAGAGGAGCUUGCUAUUAUGAUUGUUGAUCACUUGAACCCUCGAAAGCUGCGAGGGCCCACUUGUGUUCGAGACAGGAACUCUCGAGGCGUGGAGCAUCUGAUGAGCAUCUUGAAUGAUCGAGGGCAGACUGCCGCAGACAGCAGGAAGAGCGAAUGA